AUGGUUCUUAAACUCUACGGAAUGAGCCUGUCGACCUGCACUCGCCGUGUCGCCGCCAUUCUCCGCGAGAAGGAUGUACCAUACGAGCUCGUCGAGAUCAGCCUCAUGAAAGGCGAGCACAAGUCGCCUGCUUACCUCGAGAAGCAACCAUUCGGUCAGGUUCCUUACAUUGAGGAUGACGGCCUCAUUCUAUUUGAAUCGCGGGCCAUUGCCCGUUACGUCGCCCGCAAGUACAGCUCGCAGGGCACACCAGAGCUUCUUCCUACCGACCUGAGCGCGUAUGCUGCUUUCGAGCAAGCCGCAUCGAUCGAGGCCUCGAACUUUGAUCCCUUCGCGAGCGGUAUUGUAGGCGAGAAGGUCUUCAAGCCGAUGCGCGGCCUUACAACCAAUGAAGAGCGUGUGAAAGAGCUUUACGCCACCCUCGAAGCUAAGCUUGACGCCUACAACACGAUUCUCGGAAAGCAGAAGUACCUCGCCGGAGACCAGAUUACGCUUGCCGACCUGUUCCAUCUUCCGUACGGGUUCAUGCUUGGUCAGGCUGGGUACGAUAUUAUGACCCAGAAACCGAACGUUGCAAGGUGGUGGAAUGACAUCACGAGCAGGCCGUCGUGGAAGGCUGUCGAAAAUGGCGCUUGAAUGACUAAGGCCACUCGAGGGUGCUGAUGUCGAAACGCAAAUAUAGUGACGAGCGUGUCCAAAUGUUGUUUUGAACGUACGAACAAGAAGCGCUUUAUAUACUAUCAAUAAAUCCAUAUGUGAUUUUAUCAGUCC